UCUGGGUCGUUGUUGAGGUGCUCGCCAUAUUCCCCCCCUUCCUCGAUCCCUUCCAGAAUCCGGCCCCUGCCAGCCGGUUUGCCCCCCGUCAUGGCCUGGCAAACCUCCAAUGGCCUCGUGCACGCCGUGCACGCCGUCCGUCGAACUGCUCAACUGCGGCCUCUCUCCGUGCUCUCCGCCUCCACGCCCCUUACCCUCCAACAAAGACAGCCCGCUCGUGGUUAUGCGACUGAGGGGUCGCAGCAAAAAUCCGGUGCAGCCCCCGAGAUCGACUUCUCCACGUUCAAAAACACGCCCUCCCGGAUUGUCCCCGUGUCGCCGGCCUACUUCUCCGGCAGCCCCAAGUUCAUCGACCAUAUCCUGAACCUGGAACACAUCCUCGCCAAGUAUGCGUCAUUACCGACGGUGGCCCCGGGCACCGCCCCCCGAAUGGCCUGGUUCAAGCUUCUCCAGUUCCGGGAAGUCGUUGGCGAGCCCGUCCCCACGAAGAAGUACAAGAGCCUUCUCGCGAUCCUGCAGAGACUCAACCGCAUCGAACCCAAGCUCAUGCCGGAUGAGGUGCAGAACGCCAUGAAUGUCUUCCUCCGGCCGGGCAACCCGUACGCCUUCAAGCCCGUCCCCGCGACGUUGGAUGAGAGGGGCGUUGCCCGCGGCAAGGGCAAGCGCAAGGCGGCCUCGGCGGUGGUGCACUUGGUUGAGGGUGAGGGUGAAGUGCGGGUGAACGGACAGACGCUAGUCGAGGCCUUCCCCCGUAUACAUGACCGAGAGAGUGCCACUUGGGCUCUACGAAGUACGCAACGGCUGGACAAGUAUAAUGUGUGGGCGUCGGUCCAGGGCGGAGGACACACUGGGCAGGCGGAAGCGGUGACAUUGGCGGUUGCACGGGCUCUGAUGGUCCACGAACCUGCUCUGAAGCCUGCUCUGCGCAAGGCUGGCGUUAUCACGGUGGAUGCUCGUCGCGUGGAGAGAAAGAAGCCCGGUCACGUCAAGGCGCGCAAGAUGCCCACCUGGGUCAAGCGGUGAAAGCGCGGCGGACUUCGGCGGGGGAGACGUUGUAUCGCUUCUUCAUUUUCUUUUAUUUUCCUGGUUGUAUUAUUCCACUUGGCCUUGUGAUUCUCGACGAAAGUAUAUCCUGUAUUGCAAGCAUCCCAACCCGGUGUCACGGGCGUCGUUUCAGGACACGACACUGCAUGUUCUCGGCGGCAAGCAUGUAACUAUUGGCGUUGAACAAUUGAACCGAAUUAUAGUGCAGACCACCGACCACCUGUGCGACGGUGGAGUUCGGGGUGAUUGGAGGAG